UAGGUCAACCUAAUUUCAAUCUAAUGCAAGUUUCCUUUCUGCUUGUCUACACAAUGCAAAAACAAUCAAAUUUGAAUAAAAUGUGAUAACUUAUUUACAAUUAAUCCGACAGUUUUACAAGCCUUUUGCUUAGUAAGAUCAAAGACAGCUUUUAGUCACACACAUUGUGACACAAGACCGACAUGAAGCAGGAAGUGUUCAGACACACGCAGGCAGCGUUCAUAGCGCAGACCGCCCUACUUCUUCUGUCCGUCUUCCUGAACGCCACCAAAACCAAUGCGACCCACUCGCUGAAGAUCUCCCACCGGCCGUUUCAGGCGCAUGGGACACACAACAUGGGCUCCAGACUCAGACAAAACCCUGAGCAAACAUUUAAUGUGUUCUUUGAGGCAAGUUGUUCUGCAGCCAAGGACACAGACCCAAGCAUACGUCUUCAGUUUCCAGAUGACUUCAGAGAUGAGGAGUCUUUGUCUAGGUUCUGCUUCCCUUACGACAUACAAAAGAUGGGUGAGAGCGUGGCUGUGCAGCACUUUUGCUUUGCUCUCACUGACCUCGAGGGAUGCCAACGCUUCGGCUUCUGUCGUCUUAGCAACAGAGCUCGGACGUGCCUUUGUAUGCUCAGUUACUUUCCGUGGUUUGAAGUAUUCUAUAAACUUCUCAACAACCUUGCUGACUGCAUCACAAAGGGACAGACCAAUGAGAUGAAAGUGAUGCUCACUGCGCUCUACAAGCAGUCCGUACCACUGACGGCUGGAACGACCACACUGCAGAUGGUUCCCUACUUCAUUGCUCCAGACCCCAGCAACCUCCCUUCCAUUCCUGAAAAUAGAAACUUGACUGAGCUGAUUGUGGCGGUGGACGUGGCGAACCUUCUACAGCUCUAUGCCAGCAUGCUAUUUGAAAGACGCAUUCUCAUCCUGGCCUGCAAACUCAGCACUUUGACAUCAUGUGUGCACGCGCUGGGGGCUUUGUUAUACCCCAUGCACUGGCAACACAUCUUCAUCCCAGUCCUCCCACCUCACCUACUGGACUACUGUUGCGCACCUAUGCCAUACCUGAUAGGGGUCCACAGCAGUCUAUCCGAGAAGGUGAGGAGUCGUGGUUUGGAGGAAGUUGUCAUUUUGAAUGUCGAUACAAACAUAUUGGAAACCCCCUUCAAUGACCUGAAGAAGAUACCUUCCGUUGUGACGUCUGGAUUGAAGCUUUGUUUGAAACGUGAGGCGGUGUCUCCUGGUUGUGGGGUCUCGCUGGCUUUUCUCAAGGCCCAAUCUCUCUUGUUUGGAAGAUACAGAGAUGCACUGCAGACUCAUGAGGGGGGCCAGAUAUGGUUCAAUGAAGAUGUGUUCCUAGAGCACAAGUCACACAGUAUGCAGAGGUUUCUACAGAGUGCCAUUCAUUUGCAGUUUUUCAAACAGUUCAUUGAUGGACGCCUGGACAUCCUAAACACCGGGAAAGUUCCCGAGGAUCUCUUUGAAGAGGAGCUACUCAAGUGUGAAGCAACGGGGAAGAGUAAAUCCUAUCAAGAGUUAGUUGGUAGUUUAAAGAAAGGGGGCGGGGCACUGAUCCUCAACAUUAGGUCCAAAACAAACAACAUGAAGGCGAGUUCUGGUCUGAAAACUAAGUUGAAGCGUAAGGCCGGCAACGAAACACGCACUCUUCAGAGAAGCGGAUCUGUGUCACACCAUCGUUCUCAGUCUGACUGCCUGCAGAGUCGCCUGCCAAUCACACCGCAUUUUGGAAUGCCGCGCCCUCGCCGGCCUGUUUGCAGACAUGGCGUCACCCACGACAAGAGCAGCAAGGCGGUUGGAGAAGCUUGGACCGGGGCUACGUCCGGGCCUGACUCAGAGCUUCAAAAGAAUGAAGACGCUGAAGAGGAGUCGCUCCUGUGUGAUCUAGAGAAGAUGGAUCUAUUAGGGGAGAUCUUUGACACACUCAGCACCCGCAGCAUGCAUGACCGUGGCCUGCUGUAUGGCACACGAAGCCUGGACCUCUUUGGACCAGACAGUCACGACUAUAUCACAAAGCUUGGUCCAGCCAAUCCCAGCGAGGAGAGCCUCUCUUUGUCCACAAGUGGCAGUGGCAGCGGCAGUCUACACAGCUGGAAUCCAGAAUCCACAGAAGAGGCGUACCCGCUUGUUGAUGACUCUUGUACAAACAACGGCGUCAUGGAGGCAGCUGCAUUUGAAAGCGAAGAACAUGAAGAAGAAGGGUGGAGACUGAGAGAGGUUGAUGGAGAAGAACUGCAACUUCGCUCAAAAGAAGAGGAAGAUCCAGAAAGGAGAGUGACUUUUGAACAAGGACCUGUGGAGGAAACAGACGGGCAGGAUGACGGCGAGGAGUUGAAAAAGACGCAGCAAGAUGGAAAGAAGACUGAGAGACACCAUGUUGAGAAGAAAACAACCAAAGCGCAGGAUGUAGCAGACAAGAAUGAAAGUAAAGAGGCGGGCUUUACGGAGAAAUUAGAGACUGAAAUAUUGCAAGUGGGGACGGAUGGACCGUGCAACAACAGUGAGAAUGGUCAAUUAUGCGACCCGAAGGGCCAACGGGGCACCAAAAGCUGCAUCGAGCAAGAGAAGGAAGACCCGAGUCCUGUCAAGGUGUCGGAACUUAAAAAGAGAUUUGAAGCUCAAUGGAGCAGCCACGCUGACUGACAGGAACUCAAACAGCCAAAUUGGGGGUUUAUUUUGAGGCCCUCAAUUACAAAAAAAAUCCACCCUUUAUUUGAAUAGAUUUUUAUAUUUUGUUAAUCACUCCGGUAAUUUAAUGGAGGUUUUUUUACUAUUGAAUCCAUGGGGGAAAUAAAUUGUUCAAUAAUUUAUUUUGUGUGCGCAAAAUACAUAAAUCUAGGUUGAUUGGCAACAUUAAAAUUGGCCCUAGUGUGUGAAUGUGAGUGUAAAUGUUGUCUGUCGAUCUGUGUUGGCCCUGGGAUGAGAUGGCGACUUGUCCAGGGUGUACUCCGCCUUCCGCCCAAUUGCAGCUGAGAUAGGCUCCAGCAACCCCCGCGACCCAAAGAGGGACAAGCAGUAGAAAAUGGAUAGGAUGGAUGAAUGUUUUCGUAUCUUAGGAUUCAAGCCGAGCACUAACAAAUAACGCCACAUGAGAUUUUGUGUAAGUCACAUAUGUAACAUAGAAGAAGAAAAAACGGUAUUAAAAUAAAUAUAAUAAAUGUUCUGUAAAAUUUAACAAAAUGAAUAAUGUGGAAAUUACACAAGAAUGUAACAUUUAUUAACACAUGAUAUUAACUUAUUAAAUGCAAAGUGAGAUAUAUCCAGCCUUUAUUGCAGGCCUGGGCAAUUAGUUUGACUGCUGGGGGCCACAUUUAGAGAAAAAAAUGUUUCUGGGGGCUGGUAUGUAUAUCUAUCUAUCUAUCUAUCUAUCUAUCUAUCUAUCUUAAUGGGCUGCAUAUGGCCCCCAGGCGUUAAUUUGCCUAUAUCUGCUUUGUUGGUUAUAUUUUUGAUAAUUAUGGCUUGCAGUUUAUGAAAACCUUGAAUUGAAAAUUUCAGCAAAUGUGGGGUUCAAAAAAUGUACGCCAAAAUGAUCAAAAAAGGCUUGACAUACCUCACUUUAAUGAGUUAAUAUCGCAGAUUAGUUUCACAUUUGAAGUUAAUUGCUGACAUGAUGGAACUUUUACACCGUGUUCUAACUUUAUGAGUUUCACCUGCAAUAACUGAGAGAAAAUGUGGUGGGAGAAAAAAAUCCAACUUUUCUCUGACUACAAUUGAACAUUUACCUACCGGAAAUUAGGAUUCUAGACUGUGGCAAUAUACCACAAACAUCGUCGCUCCUCGGUGACGUUUGUCUAGCACAGGGGUCGGCAACCCAAAAUGUUGAAAGAGCCAUAUUGCUCCAAAAAAAAAAAAAAAAAAAAAAAAUGUCCGGAGCUGCAAAACAUUAAAAGCCUAAUAUAAGUGUUAUAAUAUAGCCUACUAUCAAAGGCUGAUGCAAAUCUUCGUUCACAGAAAUGGUGUAUUAUAAUUUUCAUUAUAAACAUUUUUGCAACAUUGGAAAUCAGUAGUAAAAUGGACGCUUCUCAUAGGACGAGAUGACAUCUAGAAAUUACUGGCUCAGAAUGGCCAAAGGUAUAGAUGUGUGUAAAAGUUUAAGGAAACGACAGGCUGUCUUCUUCUAAUGGAUUUAUUACAAUCUUUAGCAAGCUUUGUAAUAUUUGCUGUGGUCUGGAACAACAUGACACUCAAACAACUAUGAGAAAUGCAGCCAAUAUUACAUACAGAUCAUGUGUCAUGAGACAUGCAAAUAUAAAAUAAAUACUAAGAGGACAUAAGUGAGGGAAAUUAAAUGAGCUCAAAUAUGCCGUAUUUUUCGGAGUAUGAGUCGCUCCGGAGUAUAAGUCGCACCUGCCGAAAAUCCAUAAUAAAGAAGGAAAAAACAUAUAUAAGUCACACUGGAGUAUAAGUCGCAUUUUUGGGGGAAAUUUAUUUGAUAAAACCCAACACCAAGAAUAGACACUUGAAAGGCAAUUCAAAAUAAAUAAAAAAUAGUGAACAACAGGCUGAAUAAGUGUACGUUAUAUGAGGCAUAAAUAACCAACUGAGAAGGUGCCUGGUAUGUUAACGUAACAUAUUAUGGUAAGAGUCAUUCAAAUAACUAUAACAUAUAGAACAUGCUAUACGUCUACCAAACAAUCUGUCACUCCUAAUCGCUAAAUCCCAUGAAAUCGUAAACAUCUAGUCUCUUACGUGAAUGACCUAAAUAAUAUUAUUUGAUAUUUUACGGUAAUGUGUUAAUAAUUUCACACAUAAGUCGCUCCUGAGUAUAAAUCGCACCCCUGGCCAAACCAUGAAAAAAACUGCGACUACCAGUCCGAAAAAUACGGUACCUACAAACGAGGCGUAAUGAUGCAUUGUGUACAUACAGCUAGCCAAAUUAGCAUGUUAGCAUACAUUAGUUUGCAGUCAUGGAUUGACCAAACCUGCUUGAUAAAAGCUCCAGCAAAUCAAUAAAAUCAACAAUGCACACUCUUUGUGCAUUCUCACACAGCAUAAAAUGUUUGGUGGACAAAAUAAGACAAAGAAGGAGUGGCAUAAAACACGUCUUUCUGUGGCAGCAUCGGAGAAAGUUGCACAUGUAAACAAACUACGAUGAGUUGAAGGAUCGUUGAAAUUAAUAGGAAAAAACAGUGCUUGCCAAAUACUCUCAUCAGUGAAGCAUGUUUGAUACAAACAGUUGGAUUUCUAACAAUUAAGAAUGUUUGUCCUCCAACAGAAACCAUUGUAAAACCAAAAAAAAAAAGAAUGAAUUAAUUUACCUUUUUAAUUUUCACACAUCUUUGAAAAAGCUCCAGGGUUGCUGACCCCCGGUAAAGUGGCAGACGUGAACAGAGCACUGCCCACCUCGGAGUCAGUCAGAAUCUGUCUCUCGUCAUGCUCAUCUAAAUGAGGAGGCAUUCAUUUCAAUUAAGCAAAAAUAAUAGCGCUAAUAUGAUAGGCGGCAAGUUAAAGGCCUACUGAAAUGAGAUGUUCUUAUUUAAACGGGGAUAGCAGGUCCAUUCUAUGUGUCAUACUUGAUCAUUUUGCGAUAUUGCCAUAUUUUUGCUGAAAUGAUUUAGUAGAGAACAUCGACGAUAAAGUUCGCAACUUUUGGUCGCUAAUAAAAAAGCCUUGCCUUUACCGGAAGUAGCAGACGAUGUGCGCGUGACGUCACCGGUGUGAGGGUUCCUCACAUCCUCACAUUGUUUAUAAUGUGAGCCACCGGCAGCAAGAGCUAUUCGGACCGAGAAAGCGACAAUUUCCCCAUUAAUUUGAGCGAGAAUGAAAGAUUUGUGGAUGAAGAAAGUUAGAGUGAAGCACAAAAGAAAAAAAAAAGAAAAAGCGACGGCUCCAGGCGGCGACGGUGUGAGCGUUUCAGAUGUAAUUAGACACAUUUACUAGGAUAAUUCUGGAAGAUCCCUUACCUGCUUAUUGUUUUAACAGUGUUUUAGUGAGAUUGUAAAAUCAUACCUGAAAGUCUGAUGGCUGCGGUGAACGCCAGUGUCUCUCAGAGAAGUCAAUGCAGGAGCCAAGAUCACAGCUGCCUUUCUGAGCUGCAGGAGGAGGUCGCAUAAUCCGCUGAAGUCUCCGGUAAGAGCCGACUUAAUAUCACAAUUUUCCCAUCCAAAAACUUGCUGGUUGACGUAGAGAAACAUGUUCGCUUGACCGCUCUGUGUUAAAGCUUCACAACAAACAAAGAAACACCGGCUGUGUUCCGGCUGCUAAAGGCAGCUGCAAUCCACCGCUUUCCACCUACUGCAUUCUUCUUUACAGUCUCCAUUAUUAAUUGAACAAAUUGCAAAAGAUUUAGCAACACAGAUGUCCAAAAUACUGUGUAAUUGUGCGAUGAAAAGAGACGACUUUUAGCCGUAAGUGGUGCUGGGCUGAAAUGUCCGCAUCAACCAAUAACGUCACAAAGGCGUCAUCAUUCCGCGACGGUUUUAACAGGAAACUCCACGGGAAAUUUAAAAUUGCAAUUUAGUAAACUAAACCGGCCGUUUUGGCAUGUGUUGCAAUGUUAAUAUUUCAUCAUUGAUGUAUAAACCAUCAGACUGCGUGGUCGGUAGUAGUGGCGUUCAGUAGGCCUUUAAUAGCUGACGUAUUCAGAUGACGUGUUAGCGUUACUACUGCUGCCAUGACAUCACAGCGGUUAGAAAAAAACAUGGCUUUCAUUUACAAUUAUUGCAUGUUCUGUGUUCAAAUGUUUCAGCAUAUCCUCCUCUUGAUGAAAUAGCUGUCUUCUAAUUAUUACAAGUAGUGCUAAUGUAGUAUUUUCUUGUAAAAUGAGUUUCGGCCAGACAUCGCCAUCUUGAGAUCUGCCGUCACUGAGCUGUCCGCACGUUGCGUUUGAUUGAUUGAUUGAUUGAUUGAUUGAUUGAAACUUUUAUUAGUAGAUUGCAAAGUUCAGUACAUAUUCUGUACAGUUGACCACUGAAUGGUAACACCCGAAUAAGUUUUUCAACUUCUUUAAGUCGGCGUCCACGUUAAUCAAUUCAUGGUAAUGACGUCAUCGCCACCGGGAAGCAACGACAAGAAAAUCGCUUGAUGUGACGUUUGGUCAUUUCCCAACCAAUAUUCUACAACACAAAUACAUUAAAACAUGCUUUUUGACAUUUAAUCAAUGUUGUUUUCUAACGGUGAUUUGACCAUUAAAAUUUUGUCCUUCUCCAGCCAAUAUUCUACAACACAAACACGUUGAAACAACAUGCUUUUUGACAACGUUUAAUCAAUGUUAGGUCCCAUUUUUAGGGGAUUUGGUCCUGUUGAAUUGUUCAUAGUUUUUUGCUCUAAUUUGAUUGACUUUUUUGUUGUAAUUUGGGACCUUUUUAGUUUGUCUAUAGCAGGGGUGGGCUUCACGGUGGAAGAGGGGUUAGUGCGUCUGCCUCACAAUACGAAGGUCCUGCAGUCCUGGGUUCAAUUCCAGGCUCGGGAUCUUUCUGUGUGGAGUUUGCAUGUCCUCCCCGUGAAUGCGUGGGUUCCCUCCGGGUACUCCGGCUUCCUCCCACUUCCAAAAACAUGCACCUGGGGAUAGGUUGAUUGGCAACACUAAAUUGGCCCUAGUGUGUGAAUGUGAGUGUGAAUGUUGUCUAUCUGUGUUGGCCCUGCAAUGAGGUGGCGACUUGUCCAGGGUGUACCCCGCCUUCCGCCCGAUUGUAGCUGAGAUAGGCGCCAGCGCCCCCCGCGACCCCAAAAGGGAAUAAGCGGUAGAAAAUGGAGGGAUGGAUGGAUAUAGCAGUGGUCACCAACCUUUUUGAAACCAAGAGCUACUUCUUGGGUACUGAUUAAUGCGAAGGGCUACCAGUUUGAUACACACUUAAAUAAAUUGCCAGAAAUAGCCAUUUCGCUCAAUUUACCUUUAAUGGAUAAAUCUAUAUAUAUAUGUAUAUAUAUAAAAAAUGGGUAUUUCUGUCUGUCAUUCCGUCAUACAUUUUUUUUCCUUUUACGGAAGGUGUUUUGUAGACAAUAAAUGAUGAAAAAAACACUUAAUUGAACGGUUUAAAAGAGGAGAAAAGACGAAAAAAAUAAAAAUAAAAUUUUCAAACAUAGUUUAUUUUCAAUUUCGACUUUUUAAAAUUUAAAAUUCAACCGAAAAAAAUUAAUAGACACUAACUAAUUCGUAUCUUUUUGAAAAAAAUGAAAAAAAAUAAUUUAUGGAACAUCGUUAGUAAUUUUUCCUGAUUAAGAUUAAUUUUAGAAUUUUGAUGACGUGUUUUAAAUAGGUUAAAAUCCAGUCUGCACUUUUUUGGACCAAGCUGUAUUUCUAACAAAAACAAAUUAUUUAUUCUGGAUUUUCCAGUACUAAAAUUCUAAAAGAAAUUCAAAAGACUUUGAAAUAAGAUUUAAAUUUGAUUCUACAGAUGUUCUAGAUUUGCCAGAAUAUUUUUUUAUGAAUUUUAAUCAUAAGUUUGAAGAAAUAUUUCACAAAUAUUCUUUGUGGAAAAAAACAGCAGCUAAAAUGAAGAAUUAUAUUAUAAUGUAUUUAUUAUUCUUUACAAUAAUACAAAAAAAAAUUACUCGAACAUUGAUUUAAAUUGUCAGGAAAGAAGAGGAAUGAAUUUAAAAGGUAAAAAGGUAGAUGUGUUUAAAAAUACUAAAAUAAUUUUUAAGGUUGUAUUUUUUCUCUAAAAUUGUCUUUCUGAAAGUUAUAAGAAGCAAAGUAAAAAAAUAAAGGAAUUUAUUCAAACAAGUGAAGACCAAGUCUUUAAAAUAUUUUCUUGGAUUUUCAAAUUCUGAGUUUUGUCUCUCUUAGAAUUAAAAAUGUCAAGUAAAGCGAGACCAGCUUGCUAGUAAAUAAAUAAAAUGUAAAAAAAAUAGAGGCAGCUCACUGGUAAGUGCUGCUAUUUGAGCUAUUUUUAGAAGAGGCCAGCGGGCUUCUCAUCUGGUCCUUACGGGCUACCUGGUACCCGGCGGCACCGCGUUGGUGACCCCUGGUCUAUGGAAUGUGUCGCGGGCAAUAAAAAUCGCGCUGUGGGAUGCCAAUUGCCCCAGGGCCGCACUUUGGACACCCCUGGCUUACAGGGAGGGGUGGAACUUCCAACAAAUACUGCAUACGCGCCUUAGAAAGAACACAGUAACGUACACAUUUUUUUAUUUACGUACACAUUUUUUUUUUUUUUUUUUAACAAAAAAGUGCAUUUUAUGAUUGUCAGUGUCUAUCAGUAUCCUUCAUGGUUAUAUAAAGUGUGAAACAUGUUUUCAAAAUAAGCGAGUGCGGUAAAAACAAACCUCAUCUUCAAGUUAUCUUUUAGACUGAGGAGAGUGACUUUAAAUGAGCAAAUUCACCAGAAAGCCAAACUCCAACAGUCAAAAGGAAUAUUUUCUUUUUUUUUCUUCUUUUUUUUUUUUAAUACAAUGUAACUGGUGACAGAUCCGAUGUUCUGUCAGUAUCAUUAUUGUUCGGAAUUAAAAAUCAGUCCAACAAACAAGAGUUGAGUGUGUCAUAAGAUUUGUGGUGCAAAAGUCAAGCUUGAAACAUAACCAGGAGUGAGUGGCAGCAAUAAUCCAAACGUUGACCAAAAAAAAAAGCUCUUAAUGGAGUCCAUUUGCACGGCGUAA